AGAGAGAGAGAGAGAGAGAGAGAGGUGAGAGAGAGAGAGAAAAAAGAGAAGGAGAGAGGGAGAGAGAGAGAGAGAGAGGAGGUAGAGAGAGAAGAGAGACUGUGGUGCGCCAGCCUUGGAGGCAGGGGAAGACAGACCGAUCUUUUACACCUUGGUUCUCAGCCUGUCCGCGCUCCGCUCGCGUCACGGUUCCUCUCUGAUUGGCGUCCAAUUGAUAGACCUCCGUCUGGCCCCUAGGAGGCCCACCACAGCCCCCAGUGGCCCUCAGCAGUUCUCUCACCUCAGACAGAGGGGGGACGACGAUGAAUCACCAAGGUUACAGUGCCCAUCUGUAGGGCUGCGUGAUUGUGUUGACUCUGUGGGACAAGCUACGUGAGUUUGGGACACUGUGGCAGGUUAAUGAAUAACUAAACGAUAACUCCCGCUGCACUCACAGCUGUGGGAUUAGCGUGUUCACCUGAGCUCAGGUGGAUCCCGGGAAAGUAAAGAGAUGUUUUGAAAUGGAUCCUUUUCCUGGUUUACAGAGUGACAGGUUGUAUAUCUCAAGUCUGCCGAGUUCUUCGACAUGCUGGAAAGGAUGCAGGUCCCUAAAUCUGAGGAGACGAAGCCCCACUCGCAGAGAAGCAAGGAUGACUACAUCCCAUACCCGCGGAUAGAGGACAUUCUGGAGAAGGGUAGCCCAUACCCGCAGGUGAUCCUGCCCCAGUUUGGGGGUUACUGGAUUGAGGAUGCCGAGGCGCCUGCGGGCACCCCCACCUCCUCGGAGAGCAGCUUCUGUGAGGAGGAUGACGGAGGGGGCAUGAGCCCUGGGGUUGGGUUCGGCUUCAGGCUGGAGUGUAACAGCUCGGCCAGGGCCUACCGCAAACACUUCCUGGGCAGGGAGCAUAUGAACUACUACUGCACAGGCAGCAGUCUGGGGAACCUCAUUAUGUCACUGAAGCACGAGGAAGCAGAGGGCCAGGAGUUCCUCCGCAUCUUGCUCAGGUCGAGGACAAAGACACACCAUGACAGGAUCUCUCUGGCAGGCCUCAACCAGCUUCCCAGUGUACCCCAGAUAGCCAAGCUCCUCUGUGAUGAUGUGACUGGCCUGAAGUUCAACCCGGUCCUGUACCCCAGAGGCUCUCAGUUAAUAGUAGGUUAUGACGAACAUGAAGUGAACAACACCUUUAAGUUUGGUGUCAUCUACCAGAAGUUUGGUCAGACGUCAGAGGAGGAGUUGUUUGGGAACAACGAGGAGACGCCAGCCUUCCGAGAGUUCCUCAGUGUUCUGGGAGACAACAUAGAGCUGAACGACUUUAAGGGGUUCCGUGGUGGUCUGGACGUAUCCCACGGUCAGACAGGCUCUGAGUCCGUCUACACCGUCUUCAGACAGAGAGAGAUGAUGUUCCACGUCUCCACUAAACUACCCUUCACCGAGGGAGACGUACAACAGCUCCAGAGGAAGAGGCACAUAGGCAAUGACAUCGUGGCGGCGGUCUUCCAGGAAGGUGCCACGCCCUUUGUGCCUGACAUGAUCGCCUCCAACUUCCUCCAUGCGUAUGUGCUGGUGCAGGUGGAGAACCCUGGUACUGAACACACAACAUACAAGGUGUCUGUUACAGCGAGGGAGGAUGUACCUCCGUUUGGACCACCUCUCCCCAAUCCAGCGGUCUUCAAGAAGGGUCCUGAGUUCCGCGACUUCCUCCUGACAAAGCUGAUCAAUGCAGAGAACGCCUGCUACAAGUCUGACAAGUUUGCCAAGCUAGAGGGGCGGACGCGAGCUGCACUGCUGGAUAACCUUCACGAUGAGCUCCACAGACAGACCCAAGUUACUCUGGGGCAAGGCCAGGCUGGGGAGGAGGACAAGCUGGAGAAUGGGGGCCAUGGGGGACUGCUGGAGUCCUUCAAGCGUGCCAUGCGCGUCCGGAGUCACUCCAUGGAGACCAUGGUGGGGUCCCACCGUCACCGGAGUCCAGGGGUGGGAGGGGGGGUCCCGGCCAGCUUGAGUGGAGGGGGGCUGCCACAGAGCACCGAGUGCACAAAGAGUACCUUCACGCCACCAGUGCUGUCAGCCAAGUCUCCCCUGAAGAGUCCAGUGAAGCGUCGUUCAGGCCUCUUCCCCCGACUCCACUCAAGCACAGAGAGCCCCUCGGACAGACACACGCGCAGUGACCAAAAGACCCCAGACAUCUGCCCGCUCGGACAGGAAGGGAGGUCAGAGACGUGGUCCAACCCCAGCUCGCCAGAGAUCUGCCCCAACAAGGAGAGGCCGUUCCUCAAGCUGAAGGACUGCAGCAGCAGACCCAACAUCUCCCGCUCCUCCUCCAGCACCAGCAGCUUCAGCAGCACCACCGGGGAGGGAGAGGCCCUGGAGGAGCUUGACACUGGAACCCACCCGUCCAUAGCCUCCUCGUCUGUGUUCAGCCCCUACCCUUCCCUCAGCGUGGAGAGCCACGGCUCUGCCACCCCCCUCAUCAUGUGUCGCAGUCCCACAGAUGUGAAGAGUAAGAUGUCUCCCAGGUCAAACUUGAAGUUCCGCUUUGACAAGAUGAGUCACGCCACAACUUCCGAAUAGAAAUCUGGAUUUUCCAAAAAAGGGACAACACUGUUGGAGCAAAGAACAUCCCCAACAUCACCAACGCAUUCACAUUGGAAUCACAAAAUGUACUGAACUUCAUGACUAAAGGGAAUUAAGUGGAUUAGCUAGUGCAUAAGAGCACACACGCAGACAGAUACUGAGCUGGAAAGGAGGGAGAAUCAUGUGAGCCCUCUCAGUAUCUCUCUCUCUCUCUCUCUCUCUCUCUCUCUCUCUCUCUCUCUCUCGAUGUGUCUGGUACAGAAAUAGCUCACAGUGAGAGGCUAGGCGCCAUGUGUUGCUGAAAUUCUCAUCUGUAACAUUAACCUCAUACAACAACUAAACAAGGCAAGGUUUAAAGGUCCAAUGCAGGCAUUUUAUCUCAAUAUAAUAUCAUUUCUGGGUAACAAUAAAGUACCUUACUGAGAUUGUUUUCAAAUGGUCAAAAAGAAACAGAAAUAGCUCCUUAGCAAAUGAUCAUUUCUCAAGCAAGAAUUUUGCUAGGACUAUCUGGGAGUGGGGAGGGGAAAACUGAACCUUAUUGGCAUAGAGGUUGGGAACUCUCUUUCUUAUUGGUCUAUUAACCAAUGUACUGCGUGGUGAUGUCACCAAUGGAAGGCCAAAACUCCAUCCCACCAGAACAGGCAGAAAUGUCAGGGCUUUUCAAACAGCUCUUACACUAAAAUGGCAUUAUCACCAUUUUCACAAUUUCACAGUAUUAUUCCAACCUCAUAGUGUGGAAAUAUAUAUAGAACACAGUAAAAGCUAGUGUUUGAUUGCACUGGGCCUUUAACCUCACAACAUUCAUCGUCAUUGAUUUACGAAACUGUGGUUAUAGGUCACUUUUUCGCUGCACUCAUCUCUUAGAUUACAGCGAUUGUUCAUUGUGGUCCUCUUCUGCUACGAUCUCCAUAUAUGGGUCCAGGAGGGUGUAAGUUGUGGUACUGGCCUUCAGAAACGGAUGUUGUUUCACCAUGGGAAAUAUCUCUCUUGUCUUUGCCCCAGUUUGUCUGUCUGGGGACAGUUAGUCUAUUGCCUUACAAGGAGUUCUUCCGGCAGUAGUUUUGCUUCUUUUUGAGUCACCUGUUGUAAAUGCUGGUCAUCUUCCCCUCUGGCCUCACACACAGUACAGUCAAUGCAGGUCAAUAGAACGGAUCAAUCCGCAAUAGAGAAAGAUACAGUAUUUAGAUACUGCAUAGAUUCUAGGGUUGGGGUCCGUUCCAUUUCAAUUCAACUACUUAUUUUUGAAUCUUAUAGGAAUUACAUUUAGGACAAUAAGGAAUUGGAAUUGUUGUUUACUUCCUGUUUCCGACAUGGAAUUGAUAGAUACGGCAUUUAUCUAUAUGGCUCAAUCAUCAUCAAACAGUAUUGAAGUGAUCGGGUUUGUCUUAAGCUGCCGAAGGAAGGGACUUGACCCUCAUAAAUCAAGUGCUCCAUUUGUGGAGAUUUGCUCACACGAAAAGAAAAAUGCCAUUGCGCUCUGUCACAAGCUUAAUUUAGCCAAAGUCGCGCCUUACAAUCUAUCUGAAACCCUUUCACUUUCCAUGUGCUUCUCACUGUGUGAGAGGUUGAGCAGAGAGUUUGGAUAAGGUUUUAUUGUGGUUUACGUUUAGCUGUGGGUGUCUGAUGAAUCCAGACCUGGGUUCAAAUACUAUUCGAAAUCUUUCAAAUACUUUGAGUGUGUGCUCUUGCCUGCCUGCUUUGCCGUUUUGGGACUAUUGUAUGUGUCCAUUAAACCAGACAAGGCUUAAUCAAGCACAAAGGACGUAUUUGAAAAGGUUUAAUGUAGCAUUUGAACCGAGGUCUGCUUCUCACAUGUCCUUAUAUAAACAGCCAGUUGUAUUUCACCCAAUGAAUCAAUGUUAAUUGAAAACAUGUCUGCUUCUAAAAGGGUGCAUGUCUGAGAAACUCACAGUCUGCUCCAUGGAAAUCGUUUUCAGUAGUUAAAGUCAUUUCACAGUGGUUUUUUUCUCUCACUAACAGUUCUCCAAAAAUAAAUAAUUGUCAAUAUAAUAUUUUAAAGUGAUUUUGGAACUGUGAUUGAAUGCCUUGUGAUUUUGGUGGUUCAUUUUUCAGUCUUAAGUAGAAGCAAACAGCAAAAAACUUUUGAUCUUACAAACCCCAAAACAAUAUUAGUGCAUUGUAGUUCCAAAAUAUAUGAUGGCUUUACCUUGUUGCAAGCUACAUGAUUACAAACCAAUCACGUGUGAAUGUCUUCACCCAGGAACACAUCGAAAUUGCAUGGUCUCCAUUGAUGUGACCAAAUCAGUCAGCUAUAUUUGAGUUUGGGAGAAUAUCCAUGCACUAUAGCUGUAAUGAGGUUCAUUCUUAUCGCUGGAGUAUUUGUGACUGGAGUUCUGUUAUGUGGUACACAAAAACUCAGAAAGUUGAGCAGGCCAGAAAGUUAUAUAGGAACUAGUCUUUUAGUUUGUAGAGGGCAUCCACAAGCGCCCCUCAGCCACCUCUUUGUUAAUAAGGCCAUAAUUUAUUGAUUUUAUCUUUUGCUAUUGAUGUUAUGUAAAAAUGUAAUUGCAGAUUAAAGUAAUGAAAGAGGUCAAAUGAAAGGAAAUGUUCAUUUAAAAAAGCCUAAACAUGAAUAUGUAUAUUUCGUUAUGUAAUGUGCCAUUAAGAAUUUAUUGUAAAAUAAAAUGUGGUAUUUUGUGUCAA